GCGCCGCCCGACGCGCCCACCGCCCCCGACGGCGCCACGGGCUACCCGUACCAGCCCAGCCCGCAGCCGCCCUUCCCGCAGCCCACCACCUCGCAGCAGCCGCCGCCCUACGAGCCGCCGGUGGGCGACGACGGCGGCACCGACCUGCUGGGCGACGGCCAGACCGCGCUGCCCGACGCCACCGUCAGCGGCAGCGCCGACGUGGAGACCAAGGAGCCCGCCGCCGACGCCGGCCAGCACCCGCCGCACAUCCACAAGAUCGACGUGCAGUGCGCCAAGGACCAGAUGAUCAUCGAGAUCGAAACCAGUUAUGACUCAUCCAAAAAUGCAAAGAAAGCUUGCGUGUGGAAACACAUUUCCAUUGAAUCACGAAAAUUGUUUCCGGGCCGAAUAUGUACACCCACUGCGUGGGAAAUGGGCCACAUCUUCUCACAGCUCGCAGUAAUGGCUGGUGUAAUGUGGAAUGAAAAGUGCGAUGGUUUCUACCGCCAGGACGCGUGUCGCUACGUGAACGAGAACAGCGGCCAGACCAAGUACAGCAUCACCGUGCGCCUGGACUCGUGCGGCACCCAGUUCGUGGACCAGUUCGCCGAGGGCGGCCAGGCCUACCUCGAGAACGUGCUGGUGCUGCAGAACGAGCCCGGCAUCCAGGAGGUAAAGCAGCGCCCGCGCAUCCAUGCAGCACGCACCCCGCAUGCGAAAUGGCUCACAGCAGGG